AUGUUUUCGACCGCCAACAACAACAACAUCAAUGAAAAUCAACAACCAACAAAUGCCAUUUUAUACCCCACCGUGCCUAAUUCUGGACAGAUUGCCCCAACUUUAGUGAGGAUGGUCUUGCCUAAUCAGCCUUGUUUUACGGGUGUUGUACAAACUCAGCAACCAUAUGUUGCACAGAAGCUAAAAGACAUAGCAAGAUUUUCAAAAACGACAACGAAAAACGCAGAUGAAAUUAUCAAAUCGAUUGUUGCAGAUCCUUCCAGCAUCACUGGUUCUGUUGAGAAAAAGUUGCAACCAAAUGUUUUCCCGGCGUGGGUGGUGGUUGAUUCUUUGGUCCCUAGGCAGUAUAAAAUGGUGUUCAAUGCUUUCUCGAGAAACGGGAGCAUAGUGGCGCAAUCGGUGUACGACUUUUUGCUAUCAAAGACUGGGCUGGAGAGGGGAGUGCUUGGCCGGCUGUGGGAUAUGUGCUGUAGGGGGGGUAGUAGUGGUGGGAGCGGAGGUGGGGGACCCGUAAUGCUGAAACACGAACUCUAUCUAUUGCUGGCCAUGGUUUCAAUCUCUCAGAACAAAAUGGACCAUUCCUCGCUCAUUGUUUUGAGAAAGUGCAUACAGGCACCUAUUCCUAAUUUCGGCGGUUCCAACUUCAACAGCAGCAGCAGCCACAGCCGUAACGUCAACACCAUCUUAAACAAUGUUUUCAGAGAUGUCGACGAUGAAGAUGAUGAGGAAUUCAGUGGUUUCAAGCACUACAACAGUGACAACAACAGCCAAACAACACUAGCCACAUCGUCUGAAGCAUCAGUAUAUAUAGCGUCAACAUGUAUUGAUAACAACAACAACAACAUCAACAACAACAUCUACAACAAUAACAACAACAGGAAUUUCCCAUUUAUUUUUAGAAACUUGGAAAACCCAACGGCUCACUCUGAUACCAUUCACAUCACCAAUGAUAUCUCUACCAUCUUCAAUGAUACCAUUCACAUCUUCAUUGGCACCUUUACCAUCUUCAGUGAUACCAAUCACAUCUUCAGUAAUAUCUUUACCAUCUUCAAUGAUAUCAUUUACAUCACCAAUGAUAUCUCCAUCAUCUUCACCAAUGAUAUCAUUAACUCACUAGAUAAGUAUUCCGUGUUGAGGGAAGUCAUUGGCGAGCAAGAUGACGACGACGACGAUGAUGAUAAUGGUGCAAUUUGUAUUGGGGAAGCAAGUUAUUCCACUCUUGGGAAUUUCCAAAUUACACCUCAGUCUAAAAAUGGCUCGCCUCUUUCCCCUCUAGCCACCGGUAAUAGUAGUGGUAAUUUCAGAAGCGGUCUUGAUAGUGAUGACGGCUCUAAAGUGAAAGGCCAUCAUCAUCAUCACCAUCAUCAUCAUCAAAACCACCGUCACGGCGGCGAGGAUGAUGAUGAUUUUGAUGAUUUCGUUAGCCAUCUUGAUGGCUCCAGUGGUAAGAAUGACUAUCCUAACAACCACAGCCAAUCAAGUAAUGAUUUAUUUAUAGAGUUUGGAAAAUCCGACACGGCUAAUUCCGGCAACAACAAUAACAACGAUAAUAAUAAUAACAACAACAACAAUAAUAAUAAUAAUUUAGGGUUUAACUAUUUGUACAACAGCAACAACAGCAGCAGCGAUGUCUACAAAUUGCAAGAUAACAGCUCCAAAAAUAGCCUCUCGGAGAACUUUCCAGAAUCUAAAAAUAGACCAGGGCUGGGGGCAUACUUGGGAACCCUUGACGAUGAUUCGGCCUCUGUCAGGAGUUUAGAACUCAUCGCCCCAGAUUGGGAUAACCACGCCCACCAGUGGUCGAAAUGUCUGGCGGCCAUCGACAGAAUGCUGAGGGAGGCCCUCGAUGUCGUCUGCGAAGUCGAGGGCUGGGGCUUGUUGCAGGGGUUUGUGACGUCACAGAAGGGUCAAAAUUAUUUGGAAGCCGUCCACAGCACUGAGUUAUUCGAAUUGAGAAAGUCGGUUGAUUACCUCUUGGCCUCUCUUCAGACCAAGAUAUUUAUGAAGCUAACUGCCAGCAAUGACGACACGCUGCGACGGUUUUUGUUGAAGUCUGACGACGGCCACAAGCACGAAUUCGCCUGUGGACUCUGCCUUCUUAGUGUCGUCGUUGUCGCCGAGGCUACCACCAGUGGUGCCGAUGUGACGUCACGCGAUCCCGAUGUGACGUCACUGAAUCUUGAUGGCGGUCUUGACAGGUGUGGUAUUCCUGAUAAUGAUGGUAAUAAUGACAGUGACGAUGAUGAUAAUGAUGAUGAUGAUGAAGGUGGGUCGAGGAUCAACUAUAUACACAAGAUUGAGUCUAGCAUGUUUUCCAUUGGCGGGAAUAAGAGGGCAACAGUGCUGAAGAAUCCGACGAAAAAUAAAAAUGGCGUCGUUGUUGAAAUUGGCGCGAACAACAAAAUUGGCGGGAAAGACAAAAUUGGCGCGAAAGAUAAAAUUGGCACGAACGACAAGAGCGUUUCGAGAAGAAAAUGGAUGAAAGACGAUAUUAACUGCAAAGUCGUUGGUGGGGAGGACCAAAAUUCGAGAGCUGUUAGUCAGAAAAAUAGCAACAACAGCAACAAUCGCAACAAAAACAAAAUGGCAGCAGCAACGACAACCACAAACAGCAGCAACUUUUUGACAACAACAACAACGACGACAUCAAUUCCAGAUGUUGUAGCAGCUGAAAAAUUAGAAUUUGGCGGGAGAUUUUACCAUUGUGGUUGCGCCAAUUUCUGGCUGAACUGUGUCGAUCACACUCUGCCAUCUCUCUCUAUACCCGAACUGUUGUGAUGAUGAUGAUGAUAUAUAUAUAUAUAUAUAGAUUGAUUGAUAUAUAUAUAUAUGUAUAGCUAGCAUUCCUUUUAUAAUCAUUAUUAAAUACAAUUUCAUUCAUUGAAGCUAUAAAUAAAUAUAUAUUCAUUCAUUUAUUUGUUCAUUAAUUCAUUUAUUUAUUUAUUCUUUCAUUCAUUUGUUCAUUCUUUUAUUCAUUCAUUCAUUCGUUCAUUCAUUUGUUUAAUAUUUAUAAUGGAUAAUGAAGAUGAUGAUAUUGUGUUUCUCCUCCGUCUCAGCUUUUUAUUGUUCGAAUAUUAUUAUUAUUUAUUAUUAUUAUUGUUGUUGUUGUUGUUAUUUUAAACUUUCAAUAAUGAUUUUGGUUUGUAGAUUGUAUGAUUGAUUGAUUAGUUGGAUGAAUAGAUGGGUAAA